AUGGCCAAUGUAUGUGAAAAUCUCAUUAAUCUCGAAAUUAGUUAUUCAAAGUUGAGAACCCUUGACCUUAGGUUGACUCCAAAUCUAGAGAGUGUGGAGGAAUCACUUGAGGUUGUUCCUUUAACCGAGUUACAUGUGGUCGCAAAGUCCCUAGAACGAUGCCCUCUUCACCCCGACAAUGACUUGCCAAACUUUCGGUUUAGUUAUUUCUAUAAGGAAGAUCGCUACUCAUUUACUAUAAAUCUUGAGAAGCUUAUUUCUAUAGGUAUAUGUGCUUGCACGAACCUUGAGACGCUUUCAGGAAGCAUUUGUGGGUUACAACGUUUAAGGAAGCUUAAACUAGAAGGCAGUAUUCAAGAGGCGCUUGAGGACCUCGGCCAGUUAGAAUGUCUUGAGGAGCUGAUUUUCUUGUCUACAAAGAUUAACCUUCUUUUAGAGAGCAUGUGUAUGCUGAAGCAUCUUAAAUCUCUAAAGCUUAUAUCAUGUUGGUUUCUUGAGAAGUUACCUGAGGAUCUUGGUGGGUUAGAACGUCUAGAGGAUCUGACUUUGUUUUGUACAUUGAUUAAAGAUCUUCCAGAUAGCAUUUGUAUGUUGAAACAUCAUAAAUCUCUAGAACUGUUUUCUUGUUUGUUGCUGGAGAAGUUACCCAAGGAGUUUGGCCGAUUAAAACUGCUGGAAAAGCUAGAGUUGUCGCAUGCAAAGAUUACACAUCUUCCAGAUAGCAUUUGUAUGUUGAAACAGAUGAAACAUAUUAACCUUCAUAAUUGUUCGUUGCUUGAGAAGUUACCCGAGGAUCAUGGCCAAUUAGAAUUUUUACUGAAGCUAAUCAUAAUAAACUGUAAGUUAUUACAGAAUAUCCCGAUAAGCAUCUGUAGGAUGAAAUGUCUAAAAGAUUUCCAUCUCCGCUAUUGUAUUGGGAUUGAGAAAAUGCCUGAAGAACAUGGAAGUUUGGAUUGCUUAAAAGAGUUAGAUAUAGAAGGUAAAAUCAUAAGACAUUUUCCACAUAGUAUUCUUUUGUUGAAAGGUCUUUGUAUUAUUGGGUCGAGAGGGCUUCUUCAGUCAUCUGGUUUUGCAUCAUAG